UGACUUAUGCCAAUAAGACAAAAAGCAAAAAUCUGUUUUUACAUGAGCAGUAGCUGAAUGGCUUUGUACCUGGUAAUUCUGGGGUGCUCUUUGUUACCAAUGCUGUCUAAUUACACUGAUGAAUGACCAAGGUUUCUGUGCAUGUGGGAUUGCAGAGUGUGGUCAGCAGAACUGAUGCCCUUGAUGAAACAAGGAAGAAGGUAGUUUAUCUGUAAAUAAUGCUGUCUUUCUGUCCCUCUAACAAAACAGGCCAGUAUCAGCUCUACCUGUUCUGUUUCAUGUGCUAACAUGGAUGACUGGGACAACAACAAUGAAUUCAUUCAGCGACUGGACUUUUCCAGCUGUGGUGAAGAGAGUGAAGAAAGAAGCGUCAAUGAGGAGGAUUCCCUGAGCUUGAGCCCCCCAAGAAGCUCAGAGUUCCAGAAAUGGCAAGAGAGCAGUCCUCUGCCAGCAACCCCUCAGAGAAAGCUUAGUGAGAUUUUCCUGAGCAGAACAAAAGCUUGGAUGAGUCCCACCCUGAAGUCUUCCCCAUCUGUGAGCAAGAACUGGAGUAAACCUGAGACACCACUGCACAUCACCUGGAAAAAGCUGCAGCUUUGUGACACCCCACACACUCCUAAGAGCUUGUUAUCGAAGACAGCUUUUCCUUCCUCUGCAACAAAGGUCCCAGCCAAAGGCCUCCGACAUCUGAGACUCACUCCUCGUGCUGACUCUGAUGACUCUUCCCAAGCUUCCCUUGUCAACAUUAAUCCCUUUACACCAGAGUCCUAUCGACAAAUGCUCUUUCAUCCUAAUGGCAAACGGAAGGCUGGAGGAGAGCUGAAUGAUCCUCAUACAGGAAGCCGGAUAAAACAGGAGCAACCUACAAAGAGAUAUACUCUGAAAGCCAGCAAUAUGGUUUCCCGCUACAAGAAGGAGUUCCUGGAGCUAGAAAAAAUUGGUGUGGGGGAAUUUGGCUCUGUCUACAAGUGCAUCAAACGCCUUGAUGGAUGUGUUUAUGCCAUCAAACGCUCCAAAAGGCCUCUGGCAGGAUCCUCAGAUGAGCAGCUGGCACUACGAGAGGUUUAUGCUCACGCUGUCCUGGGGCACCACCCCCACGUUGUGCGCUACUACUCGGCCUGGGCAGAGGACGAUCACAUGAUUAUCCAGAAUGAACACUGCAAUGGUGGGAGUCUCCAAGAUGCGCUGCUGGAAAAUGCAAAGCUUGGGCAGUAUUUCCCAGAAGCAGAGCUGAAGGAAAUAUUGCUGCAAGUCUCCAUGGGACUAAAAUACAUCCACAACUCUGGCCUUGUGCACCUGGAUAUCAAACCUAGUAAUAUCUUCAUCUGUCACAAGCUGGCAGUUUCAGGCCCUGCUGGGCAGGAGGAGAGUGACAGUGAAGAUGAAUUCUCUCCUGGUGUGGUGUAUAAGAUUGGUGACCUUGGACAUGUGACAUCAAUAACAAACCCUCAGGUGGAGGAAGGAGACAGACGCUUUUUGGCCAAUGAGGUUUUGCAAGAGCAAUACUGCUACUUGCCCAAGGCAGACAUCUUUGCCCUGGCACUCACGGUGGCUCUGGCAGCUGGGACAGCACCGCUGCCUCACAAUGGGGUCCUGUGGCACCACAUCCGCAAAGGCAACCUCCCACCCAUCCCCCAGAAGCUUCCCCACCGUUUUCUUGAGCUCCUUACGCUCAUGAUCCAUCCUGACCCAGCACAAAGACCUUCUGCCACGGCUCUCACCAAACACCCUGUUCUCCGUCCUUCGUGUGGAAAAGCUGUGCAGCUCCAGGAGCAGCUAAAUAUGGAGAAAUGCAAGACUGCCAUGCUGGAAAGGGAACUUAAAGCAGCUCGCCUUGCCCAGACCCUCAUGAAGGACCAAGCCUUAGGAAGUGCCAAGUUACAAGAGUCUGAAACCUCUUCUAAGCAGAAGAGCAAGCGUCUGGUGGGAGGGAAGAGCUGUCGCUCGUUUAGCUUUACUCUGGGUUUCUGAAUUUGUGUUAUCCAAAGACUGCUGAAUGGCCCCGUGAAAGCAGAGGGUCUGCACAGACCAAUGCCCCAUAUUCUCUCCCUGUCUUUUUUUUUUUUUUUUUUUUUUUUGUUUUGUUCCCCUGUUAGUUAUGAUGAGAUGUUGGCUGAGAAAAGAAUGACUGGCUUUCAAGUGUUGGAUAAUGGUAUUUAAGGAUGUCCUCAGUCUUUUACCUGCUUAAUUUAUUGUGUAAUUGGCCUUGCUAUAGACUCAGUGUAACUCUGCCAUGACAAAAGAAUGACAUUUUCAUUCUCACUUCCCUCUUUCUUUAGUUGGGCCCUGUUAUUGGCGAUUUUGUGGUCUUAAACACUUGGGCUGACUGUAUCUUUAGAGGGAUGAUAAUGGCUGUACAGGCAGACAGCAUCUACAGCUGGCCCCUUCUAGGAGCCAGUUUUAGCUACACAUCAGGAGCCAGGCUGGUUACACAGCUGUCCUGGGGGGCUCAGGAUGCCGCUGGAGUGGUGUUUAACUGAGGGGGGACACAGAGUAAUAGGAAAUACUUCGAGUUAAGGAGUGGGAGUUGAAGAAAAACAUUUUUUCACAUUUCAGCAACAGAAGUUUUCUAACUGGGUGUGCUCUAACAGACUCGUUAGUCCCUGAUGCCCGACUCAUUUUCUGUCAGUCGGGGAGGACUCCUUGUUUAUGUGGGGGAGACAACUGCAGUGUGUUGGUGUUGGGUCUGUCUGUACCCAUUUCCCCUCCAGUAUCUUGCACGUGGUGCAGCUGCCUGCCUGUGAACUGCAGCCUUUCAGCAAAGAUGAGGGCAAUGAGAAAGGGCUUUUUCAGCUUUUUGGAGUUGCCCGUGUUAACGGUGAUAUGUAUUUCGUAUUUGAAAUCUCAUACACCCUUCCCCCUCCCCCCGCUAAAUGUAACUUUGGGGGUCCUUGUCGCUUGUUUGUGUUGUUGGACAGAGCACUGCCCUGUUACGACGGAGAGCGCUUGCUCACUCGCUUAUUUCCAGGUUUUACUGGUUGCUUUUAUGAUGUUGCACGUGCUGGCUUUUAACUGUUAGAUCCUAUCGUUUCGUGCGAAUAAAAGUUUUAUCAUUUUUUAA